CCUGGAACGGAUCUAUUGAGCAAAGCAAUCCUAAAAACAUCAACAACCAUAGACAUUAUCACCUCGGAUCUGUUGAAUGUCCCAAAAGGAACUUAUACUACCGCAACCACUGAAUGGGACAAUGGCUCCCGUAGCGAUAUUCUGUAUGUCCCUUGUCUGGGCAUUCAAAACUCAUUGCCACCAAUUCUGAUCGAGGUACAAGCCAUCGUGAAUGAAGCUUUUAUGGAACGAUUGGUCAAAUACAGUCAAAACGCCAAACAAGUGUACAAAUCCUAUCCGUUGGUGAUGGUAUUUUGCAUUGAUAAACUCUCUCCGUUGACGUUUAUCACCAAGUUCACACCUCGUAUUCUGUGCUCUCAUUUCUGGGCGAAGAGCUGUUAUCUUGUGUCAAAGCCAAGCCUAUCGUACGGAGAAGUCGAUGCCAACGUAUCAUCUUUACAGGCAUUGUCGAUGUUUCUGAUUGAACAAUCGCCCACCUUGUAUGGUCAUUCUCAUCCUGAACAUUCGACAGUACGAACAUUGUAUCGGCUGGCCAUGGAGUGCAUUGAUAUGGAAACUGUACAAAAAGAAGAUUUGGUACAUGUUGUUGAUGCGAUUUACAGUAAUAAUGAAAAGUUGUUGCAUAAGGUGGCUGCUUCCCUUGAAAACGUCCCUGGCUCGCUCAAGGCAAAAAGAAUCGUGUCGCAUGCACUGGAAUUCAACCAUACGGCCAAACGAAAAUAUGUGGAUGAUGACGACAGUGACAAUCUGCAAUUCAUCAUCAGCUUCCACAAGAACCUGGUGGGCAAAAUGAAAAGAUAUAUUAAAAAAUAUGCUAAUCAUCAAAACUAA